CUGGUGCGGGCGCUGGGCCUGUCCAACUUCAACCGUCGGCAGAUUGAUGAUGUACUCAGUGUGGCCUCUGUGCGUCCAGCUGUCCUGCAGGUGGAAUGCCACCCAUACUUGGUUCAGAAUGAGCUGAUUGCCCACUGCCAAGCACACGGCCUGGAGGUAACUGCUUACAGCCCUCUGGGCUCCUUUGAUCGUGCUUGGCGUGAUCCUGAUGAGCCUGUCCUGCUUGAGGAGCCAGUGGUCCUGGCACUGGCUGAAAAGUAUGGCCGGUCCCCAGCCCAGAUCUUGCUCAGGUGGCAGGUCCAGCGGAAAGUGAUCUGCAUCCCCAAGAGUGUCACACCUUCCCGUAUUCUUCAGAACAUCCAGGUUUUUGACUUCACCAUUAGCCCAGAAGAGAUGAAGCAGCUAGAUGCCCUGAAUAAAAACUUGCGAUACAUUGUUCCCCUGCUUAAGGUGGAUGGGAGGAAGAUCCCGAGAGAUGCAGGGCACCCUCUGUACCCCUUUAAUGACCCAUACUGAAACCACAGCUUCCUGGCUUCCUUUCCAUCUCUCCAGCUACGAGGUCCUGCCACCCCCACAGUAGUUAAUAAAGUCAUUGGAGCAUCUACA